AAGCUUCUUUUUAAGAGAAACAAAAACCAUCUCAAAUCUCAAAUCAUAUCACCACCAAGAAUCAGUUUUUUUUUCUGUGGUAAAAGCCAAGAAUCAAUAUUUUGCAGAGUAUCAAUCAUCAAUGGCGGAUUCAUCGAAGAAGAAAAUCAGUAGAAGCGCAAUAACACAUAAAGUUUGGAGUCUUGUGAGGAUGGCUCUUCUAUGGGGAAGGAAAGGUGGAGUUUUCAAAAGAUGGCAUUUGUUCGAACUUCGUAACUUGUUCUCCAAGCAUCUCAAAGCCCUAGCACAUCAUAACAACGGUGACCGUUAUCUCUCCCGUUACGGAGAACGUCAGCUUUCCUUUGAUGAGACGCCGUUAUUUAACGUCAAGAAGAAGGUGUAUCAUCAUCCUACGUCUAUGAGGUUCCUCCUCCCCUGCAUUGCUCCUCCCGUAGAGUUUGAGGAUGACUUUGGAAUGGACGGUCAAGAUUAUUUCGAUGAGGUGAGAUCGUACGGUUACGAUGAAUCUUGUACGGAAAAGAGAGAUCGUACGGCUAAGGAUGAUGAGGAGGAAGAGAAAGGGGUGGAUGUGAGAGCAGAGGAGUUCAUUGCUAAGUUCUAUGAGCAGAUCAAGUUGCAGAGGCAAAUCUCUUAUUUGGAAUACAAAGAACACAACGACAUUGUAUCAUUAUAGAUUUACCGUUUUUUCUUUUUUUGAA